AUGACGACCGAACAGCCGUGCUUCACCGUCGUUCAAGACGAUGGCUCGGAAAUCCCAUCGACGCAGGAGCUUCGUAGCGCACUGGAAAAGGGAUCCGACGAAGUCAAGAUUGAGACGCUCAGGAAGAUUAUAGUUACCACCCUCAACGGCAACGAUCAGCCCGCGGUAUUAAUGCCAAUCAUUCAAUUCGUACUGCCCUCGAAGAACAAGCAGCUGAAGAAACUCCUUCACUUCUACUGGGAGGUCUGUAGGAAGAAGGAUGAACAGGGAAAGCUUAAGCAGGAGAUGAUUCUUGUUUGCAAUGCGAUAAGAAACGACCUGCAACAUCCCAACGAAUAUAUCCGAGGUGCUACGCUCCGGUUCCUUCAAAAAAUCAAGGAACAGGAGCUUCUCGAGCCGCUAAUUCCUACCGUUCGCGCCUGUCUAGAGCAUCGUCAUUCUUACGUACGGAAGAAUGCCAUAUUCGCCCUCCUUACCAUCUACCAAUCAUUUGAGCAUCUCGUGCCCGAUGCGCCAGAUCUUGUCGUAACGUUCCUCGCUGCAGAGUCGGAUAUGACCUGUAAGCGCAAUGCGUUUGUCUUUUUGAUAAACGUAGCCACUCCCAAGGCCGUGGAAUAUAUUCUAGGCUUCUACGAUCAGAUUGGGACAUUCGACGAGCUCAUGCAGCUCGCUGUCAUCGAGUUGAUCCGGAAAGACUGCAAGAACGAAUCACCCAACAAGCCGAAAUGGAUUCGCCUCGUCUUUGAGUUGCUCAACGUCUCUUCACACGCAGUUAAGUACGAUGCUGCCAUGACGUUGACGACCUUGACCCAAAAUCCUGCCGCGGUUAAAGCCUCGGCAACCGCAUUCUCUGAGCUCGUCGCGAAAGAAUCUGACAAUAAUGUCAAACUUAUUGCUUUGGAUCGCAUAGAGGCUCUGCAUUCCAAGCACGAGCACGUUCUGGAUGGCCUUGCCAUGGAUAUCCUUGGAGUGCUGACGAGCACCGACAUGGAGGUACGGCGAAAAGCCGUCAAGAUUGCCCUCAGCAUGGUCACCGGACGAAAUGUCCAAGAGGUUGUUCUCUUCCUCAAGAAGCAGCUCACCAAAACAUUAGAGCAAGAAUACGAAAAGAACGUCGAAUAUCGACAACUACUCAUCCAAUCUAUCCACAUAUGUGCCGUUAAAUUCUCCGAGGUCGCUGCUAGCGUCGUCCAUGCAAUGAUGGAAUUCCUGGGCGACUCUAGCAACUCUGCUGCUGUGGAUGUGAUUGCCUUUGUCCGCGAAGUUGUCGAAAAGUUCCCAAAUCUUCGACGGUCCAUCACAGAAAAGCUGCUCGAAACUCUGCCAGAUAUCAAGUCGGAGAUCCACGAGGCUUUUGCACAAAUCAGACGAACUAUUGGCGAGGUACCCAUACUAGCCGCCGAACAGAGACUCCUUGAUGCGGCAGGAGGCGAUGCUCCCGAAGAGCCACUCGUCAAGACUGGUGGUGCGCCAAAGGUCCUCGAAGACGGAACCUACGCAAUGGAAACUGCAAUGAGCUCUGCUGUUAAUGCAAGGCUCGAGGCAGUCAAAAAGGCGUCCAAGCCACCGCUAAGAGCCUUGAUUCUCAACGGGGAUUUCUAUACUGGAUCUGUUCUUGCCUCGACGCUUUCGAAAUUGGUCUUAAGAUACAACCAGGGCGGAUCAGACUCGAAAAAGGCGCAUGCUUUGAGAGCAGAGGCAAUGUUGAUGAUGACUUCCAUCAUCCGAGUCGGUCAAUCAAAGUUUGUGAGCGUACCCAUCGACGAAGACUCGCAAGAGCGAAUCAUGAACUGCAUUCGAGUCCUCAGCGAAAUGUCCCUCAACAAAUCCGUCAACGAAAUCUUCCUGCUCGAUACCAAGGCUGCCUAUGCAAAGAUGGUGGCCACGGAGGAAAAGAAAGCGCAAGAGAAGCGCGAAAAGGAGUCGAAGACGACUGCGGUGCAGGUGGAUGACGUCCUGACCUUCCGUCAGUUCUCCAAGAGGGGUUUGGCGGACGCCACAGACGAUUACGAAAUGGACGUCUCGAGGGCAACAGGCACAGGAGAGGACUCGGUCGAUGUGGCAUCGAACCUCAGCAGUGUCGUUCAGUUGACAGGAUUCUCUGACCCGGUUUACGCCGAAGCCUACGUCAAGGUUCACGGGUUUGAUAUCAUGCUUGAUGUCUUGAUUGUAAAUCAAACGACAACGACGAUGCAAAAUCUCUGCCUGGAGUUUGCGACUUUGGGAGAUUUGAAGCUCGUCGAACGUCCAUCGACACAUACUCUUGCUCCUCAUAGUUUCCAUAGCAUAAAGACCUCCAUCAAGGUAUCGUCGACCGAAUCCGGCGUCAUUUUCGGCAACAUCAUCUGGGAGUCGGGUACUUCAGAAACAUCCGUCGUUCUCAGUGAUAUCCACAUUGAUAUCAUGGACUACAUCAAGCCAGCGACAUGCACAGAACACCAAUUCAGAAGCAUGUGGACCGAGUUUGAGUGGGAGAAUCGUGUAAAUGUCACUACUGACAUCAGCGAUCUUCGCCAGUACCUGGCGCAUAUAAUGAAGUCGACCAACAUGGCAUGCCUGACCCCCGACGCGGCACUUUCUGGCGAGUGCGACUUCCUAUCGGCCAACCUUUAUGCACGAAGCGUGUUUGGAGAGGAUGCUCUCGCAAAUUUGAGCAUCGAAAAGGUCGAAGGGACUGGCCACAUUCAGGGGCAUGUACGCAUUCGCAGCAAGACGCAAGGCAUCGCUCUGUCGCUGGGAGACAAGAUUACAUUGUUGUCGUGA